CUAAGCUCUGGUUCUGUUUGUAUUCAUCUUUGUUUAUCUUUGAAUAAUAAUUAACUUUAAUUGUUUCGUUUUCUAUUCCAAUUACUUGAUUAAUUGUGUGUCUCUAUUGGAUUAAAAUUCGAGAUUCGUUUGUUCAAAAUUCUACAUUUUCAUCUUUAAUCUUAAUCGAUUCCCAGCAUAAGCUGCUUCUUUUUUUCUCUAAUUUAUCUCUUCAUCUCUUCUGGUUUUUACAUUUGAUUUUCUAAUUGUUUUCAUUUUUCUCCUUCAUUUAACUUUCAAUUUUUUUCUUCUUCUUCAUUGUUAUUGUUAAUUGUUUACUUGAUAGUGAGAUUAGUAAUUUAAAACAAUCUUUGAUUAUGUCGCUGAUAGAAAAUGAUCAACAAGAUUUGAAUGAUGGUAUCAAUUCAAUUGGUCUAUCCAAUGGUUGUUCUGAUAAAAAAUCAUCGAUUUGUAAUAACAACAACAAAUGGGUUCGCUUGAAUGUCGGUGGAACCAUUUUCAUGACCACUCGAUCCACAAUUUGCCGUGAUCCCAAAUCCUUCUUGUACCGAUUAUGUGAAGAAGAUCCUUCUCUUGGUAGUGAUAAGGAUGAAUCAGGGGCUUACCUUAUCGAUCGCGAUCCAACCUAUUUUGGUCCAAUUUUAAAUUUCCUUCGUCAUGGUAAACUAAUCAUCAAUAAAGAUCUUUCCGAAGAAGCCGUUCUGGAAGAAGCAGAAUUUUAUAACAUAACCGAUUUAAUCAAAAUAUGUAAACAACGUAUCAAAGAGUCCAAACAAAAUAGUGAUAAUGAGAAGCACGUUUACAGGGUAAUCCAAUGUGGAACCGAGGAACUCACCCAAAUGGUUUCAACGAUGUCUGAUGGUUGGAAAUUUGAACAAUUAAUUCCUAUACCCAAUGGAUUUGGUUCUGGUGUUGAAUUUCUGUGCGUUGUUUCAAGAGAAUGUACCAAUUCAAUCAAAAUACCCGAUGAACUUUCCGAACGGGUUAAAAUGAUGUUACAACAACGAUCUUCAAUUUUAGGUUAACAACCAAUUGUUUAAUUUACUGAAUUAUGGUCAGUAAACAAACGGGUUAGAAUUGCAGUUUAUGUUGAUUGUUGUAAACAUACAUGUUCACCUUUCUCAUCAUCUAUCAACAAUCAUCAGUCUUAUCAUGAAAAUUUCUCGUUCUCUUUUCAUGGAUAAUCGUUUGGUGUAAUUAACUAAUUGUCACCAUUUCAACAUUGUCUUUGUCUUUCUUUGAUUUUCAA